UCGAGAGGGAGCGCCGUAGAUUAUUUUUAGCACAGUUUGGCAAGUGUAGGGCAUCCCUCUCUUAUCGCCCAGUGAAAUAGAAGCCUGCUCGUGAGCGUUGGGUGUCAAAUACCUCCUGGCUUAUUAUUUUGGAUGAAUGCAGAAAUACGACAUAUCUACAGCUUAAAGUGGACAUAAUUACUGAUAUUUUGGUGCAAUGUUAAGGAACAACUUGUGGCCAUUUGCAAUCGCAUAUUGUCUCCUGUUGAUGCAUGUUGAUGCAGACGAUGUUCCGACUUGUCAACCGAAAGACUUCCACUAUGAGUACACGGAGUGUGACAGUGAGGGAAUGAGAUGGAGGGUGUCCGUGCCGGAACACAACAAGUGUACAGGGGGAGCUCCCAAUGCCCCGGUGAGGGGGAAAGACUGCACCUUCACAUGCAAUGCAGGUCAGUUUCUGGACAUCCAGGGGGACCAGGAGUGUCACCCCUGCCCUGCCGGCACGUACUCUCUGGGAGGUGGGCUCCGCUUUGACGACUGGGACAACCUCCCUACAGGGUUCACCAUCUCAUCCGAGGCCUUCGGUGGAGGCUUCAUGUGGAGAAGCCACAAGCGCGAUGUCAACUGCAGCAGGUCAACAUGGCAGCUGCAUUCCAACUACAUCGCUGCAGUCCCUGGCGACUGCACUACGAGCCUCAUCUUCUCCACAAAGCUGGUCAAAGCUGGAACCGUCACCUUCGAGUAUCAGUCACCCAACCCAGACAUACUGUUCCACUUCACAGUCCAGAAUGACCAGUGUCAGGCUAUUGGGGAUGAAUCCAAGGGCACCUGGCCCCCCAACACAGAGGAGGGCAAGUGGAAGACUCAGACGCUUAACCUGAAGAGUGGCAUGAAUGUGCUCCAGUGGCGAGCACUCGGGAUGAAAGAACGAACCCACAGUCGAAGUCCCAUCCUCAUCAGGAAGAUAGAAGUCACUGGUGUGGCGUAUACGUCUGAGUGCACCAAGUGCCGAAGCGGCACCUACAGCAGCGGGGGCACUGAGUUCUGUGGGUACUGCCAGGAAAACACCUUCUCCGACCGCGGCGCUGCCCAGUGUUCCCCCUGCAACCAGGCCACAGAAUACUCCACUGUAGGCGCCAGCAAGUGCGAGACCCGACCUCCAUGUUCUGAGAGAGACUACUAUGAAUACCAAACUCCAUGUGAUGAGAACAAACAGACGCGCAAGGAGUAUGCGUGGAUCUCCCCCCAGAUCUGCAACCCAGCGGGUACUGGUGCUGUGACCCUACCCCCACAAGGGCCCUUGGACAACUGCCCUCCCUGUAAUCCGGGCAUGCAGCUGUUCAACAACUCGGCCUGUGAGUUCUGUCCAGCAAACCAGUUCUCGGACGGCUCCAAGCCCUGUGAGACGUGCCCUGCAUCCACCUCCCCCGAGUACAGCCUGGACUACAGGUGGUGGUCCGUCAUGCCGCCCAAUGUCUCCAGUGACUGUCUCUCCAUGACAGCUGAAACCUGUUCCCCACAAGCCGGAUGGUUGGUGUCCAAUGACCACAUCCGCACCCACUUCAGCCAUGACAAGGAUGUCUUCCUCAUUCUCACCAUGCAUAUCCCCGGCUUCAGAGGCCAAGCCAACGUUAUCAAUGGAAAGGCAGAUAUUAUCGGACAUAUCUCCUUCGGGUUUGAGAUCAACUGUACAGGGGACUGUGAACUGGUGUUCUUGACUGAUGAUAAUGGGAAGAACUCAGUGGCAAAAUCAUGGAAGGGAAGUUAUGAAAAAAAUGAAUAUAUGUACCAUGUCCGCAGCAACAAGUCUCUGAUCGCCACCUGGGCCUUCCAGCCGUACGACUGGGAGAACCUGCCUGAAGCCAAGGCAGAGGAGUACCUCAACAACAUCGCCAAGAUAUAUUCCAUCAAGGUCUCUAACACCAUCUCUGGUGGCGCCUCUGAGUGUAAACCUUGUCCUAGAGGAACAACCAAAAACACGUGUAUUCCGUGCCCGGAUGGGCAGUACAUCGACACGAGCACAGCAUCGUGCAAGGCGUGCCCACCCAACACUGUAGUGUCCAGCAGUGAUUCCUGGGGGGAGCAGGCCUGCAAGGUGUGUGGGUCGGGCCUGAAGGCAGAGGGGGGCAAAGUGUGCAAAACUGACUGCAAGUAUGUGGCGAAGGAUGGCAAGGUGUACGACUUCUCCGACCUUGACAACAUUCAGUUCGUGGUGGGCAACAAGUUGUUUACCUCCAGCGGUACCCAGUACUACCAUGGCUUCAACAUCAGCCUGUGUGGAAACAAGGGAACACAACUCCCAACAUGCUACAACAACGUCACCGAUCAGCCGGGCAACAAAUCUGAAGAAGUAGAAAUUUUGAGCCACGGUGGAACUUAUGGACUGCCAACAGAUGUUCGGGGUAUGGUUUGCCGGUCCACGUUGGUACCCCAGAGGGAUGCAGAAGCACCCGUUGUCUCCACUCAGCCAGUGAGUCUUGGAGACCACCUGGUGAAGAUUGUGUCCAAUGACAGCAGCAUGGGGGACCUCUUCAAGGAGGAGGGUUUCUCCGCCACACCUGAAGAAUUACAAAAGGAUAUUCAUUUUCACUACAAGUCUGAACAGUCAACCCCAGCCUGCCCCGAGGGACGCACCACCAUCAUCAGCCUGAGAUGUGACGUGAAGCAGGACCUCCAGGGCGUCAUUGACCUGCCCCCCAAAUGUUCCGAUGGCACCUGCGAUGGCUGCACCUUCCAUUUCCUGUGGAAGAGUCAGCAUGCUUGCCCCAUCUGUCGGAACGAAGACUAUGAAGUGAUCAACGGGGAAUGUAUUCGGGGAGAACAGACUAUACAUUACUAUCCUCCAAAACACUGCCUGCUGAGUGACUCCCAUAAGCCCAAACAGAUGAAGCAGAAGUGUACCACCAUGCCAUUUGCCGUCCAGGUGGCUCUGCCAGUCGUUAUCGGUGUUGGAGUGUUGCUGAUGCUCCUACUUGUCUACCUGUGGAAGAGAAACAAGAGACUGGAAUACAAGUACAUGAAGCUGGUGGAGACGGCUGGUGGGCGUGAUGGCGAGCUGCCGGGGGUGGAGUCCUGUGGGCUGGAGGAGGAUGACGAGGAGGCCGUCCACUUCCCUGACAAGAACACCAGCAUAUUCCAGAAAAUCAAGAACAAGAUUACCAGUGGUGGCAAGGUUUCAGACGAUGACUUUGCUGUAAGUAGUUGGUAGACCACCUACCCCAUCACCCAAACACUGCCCAAGAGGAUGAUGACAACCCUUUUAUUGCCGUGAAGAUGCAGGAGAAGUUACCACUGACAUAGUCUUCUGAUGGUCCACCGGCAUGACUUUAGUUACAACCCAGAUCUACACCGUCAAGUACCACAACUCAACACAACACGACUGCUAGGACCACAACUCGUCGAUUGUCCAAUCACAGAUCAGCACCUGACUACAUUCAGCUUAUCUUUGAUUGGCCAAUCACAAAUCAGAUCAGUCAAGCACCUGCCUACACUCAGCUCAUCGAUUGCCCAAUCACAGAUCAGCAGUGAAGCACCUGACUAUAUAUAGCUUCUCUUUGAUUAUCCAAUCACAGAUCAGAUCAGUCAAGCACCUGCCUACACUCUGCUCAUCGAUUGCCCAAUCACAGAUCAGCUCAGUCGAGCCUCUGCUUAUUCUGUCUUUGGUAGUCUUGAGCUUCCAUGAUACAUACAGCAAAGGUGCUUGAUUGAGUUAGAUGCAAAUGUAUUACUACGACAGAACAACACAAAAAAACUAAGUAUUUUUUAAGGCAGUAUUGCAAAAUCGAUACAUCUUUCACUGUUAUUGUCCAAGGUGAUUAUGUAUUUUUCCUGUAGUUAUCCAUGUACAUAUGUGACUGCUCUUUCACCUACCUGCACAAUGUGUACAGAACUUAGGAUUAUCCUCCAAACUUGUAGUCUCCAGAACUACAGGCAACGGUUUUAAAGAGCUAAGUCUUCAGAAAAGACCAAAGUGUGUACAGGGUUAUUCUUAGAAGUCUUUGUGCAGGGGGUGUCUUUGACAAAAGAUUUUAUGUUUGUUUGUUGUAACAAUUAUUCAUCAAAUCUGAGUAUCUAGCACAGUAUAUCAAUGUUUGAUGUAAGAUCAUAACCAUGUCAUCAAUUUCAUAUAAUCACAUACAUGCAUUUAGUGGAGAGAAUACCCAUGACCUUUGACCUGUUGACCUUAGUCAGUGCUUAAAAAAUAUUCUCUCAAGUGCUAUGGUUUCUGUGCAGAUGUCCUUGUUUCUAGUGGUGUAUACACUUAACACCCAUCAAUGAGGGGGAUAUUGCUGGAAUAUGGACUAAAUGGCUGGAAUAUGGACUAUAGUUUGAGUAUUGCUGGUAGAUGUAUACUGGUACAUGACUAGACUAUUGCUACAAAUGGCGUACAACCCUACUCAUCAUUCUCCUCUACCCAGUGGUUAAGUGUUUGGCACUACUGCCAUGGUUUUGUGUCCUACACUUUGAGGUACCAGGGCUCCAUUUGAGGAACUUGAGUUAACUUGCACCAGUUGCAUGUUGACAUGAAAACCAAGCUGCACCAAACAAAACCAGGUUGCACCCUGGUCCCAUAAAGCCAUCUAUCAAAGUUGCCAGUGUCAUAUGACCUUGCACAUGACAUCAAGCCUAAGAAAGAAUGACAAAUUACACACAACAGUGAUAUAGUAGGGGAAAGAAACAUCAGAUGUAUUGAGUGUUCUAUGACUGAUUUUGUCUGAAGAAGGAAGGUUUAGUAAAACAAACGAAAUGUUUGUUGCAUUUUCAAACAACAGGUUGCACUUGUGCAUGUUUUAAUAGUCAAAUUGAGCCCUGGGUGCCGACGUUUCACUGCAUCUAUCAUUUUUCUGUCAGAUUUUAUAUGUUGUCUUCAUGUGUAAUGAUGACAUGUUCUCACUGUCACAUGUACAAUGUUGUGUGACAUAGUGUUGGCCGAACUACUCUCAGUUCAUUGCAAACCUAUUAAGGCCUAGACAAUAGUAUUUCAUGUCUGACAUGUUUAAUUAACCAAAAUGUAUUCUGUCACAUAAAGGUUUAUUUGGCCAGAAGGGCAGAAACAGUCUUGAGUGAAGGGGCACUGUGGGUUUCCAAGUCCUGAGCAACCUGUCCUUGAGGUAAGAGGCGAAUAAUAGAUUUGUCUCUUGGGUGUGUGCCUCAAUAGUUCAUUGUUCAUGAUGUCAAUCACUGGAUUGUCUGGUCCUCACUUGAUUAUUUACAGGUGGCUGUCAUAGAGCUGGAUGACUUCUGAUUGCGUCCUAAACAACUCACAAACUUGAGUGAAUGGCCUGUACUAUAUGUGCAAUGUGUAUAUUCCUUUGAAAUCCAAAAUUCCAUUUAUGUGCUGUGAUUAUUUGAAAAAGCAUGUGAAUCUGCCAAGCCAGGUAACUGACUAUAUAUGAUUAUAUGUUAUCUCUGCAGACAUUUCUACCAUAUUGAAAUCCAGUGAAAGUACACCAUCAAUAACUUGUAAAGGUGAACUAGUUAGAUAUGAAUAUGAACAUUCUAGUUUUUGUGAUAUGUUUUUGUACACACUGACUGAGAAUCUCUAAGAGGAUGAGGUUUGAAUUUGUCUCACAUGUAACAUAAAAAAUGUAAGUCCACAUGGUGGGUGUUGGUAAGUUUUUAGAGAGUUGAAAAAUGGAUUUUAAGUUUUAUUUAUUUUGCUUCUAUCUACUUAGUUUAUUAUACAUUAUUUGCUGUUUUCACUGCCUUUUGUUCUUGAAAUGUUGUGAAAAUGAAAUUCCAAAAACUGUUGUUUUCUUGAUUGAAACUUGUGUUUACCAUUAAAUGUGAUUUUGUAUUGUGGACAUAAUGAGGCCGGUUGUCAAACACAACCUCCCUUUCAACAGGAUCAUACAUAAUACUUCUGUUUUUAGUGAUUUUAUUUUUUCUAUUCAUUUAUUGUUGUCUGCUCAGCUGAUGUGCUCAAUACAUUUAUAGUUAUCUAUUGAUAAAUGUGCAAUCUUCCUACAUCACUUACUUGGCAUUUGAAAGAGAUGGGGACAAACUAAUAUAUGUUUUUCUGUUCUUAAAUCUGAAUUUAUAUUAUAUUAUAUUUUGACUACCUCUGUUGGAAUUCCAGAGUAGAAUAAGUCCUCAGCAUGUUGUGCUGGUCGUAAGAGGCGACCAAAUGUAUUGGGUGGUCAGGCUUGGUGACUUGUUGAUUGCAUGUCCUUGUACCUCGAUGGUAUGGAUCGUUUCUCACGGUAACAAUCACUGGACUGUCUGGUCUAGAAUCAAUAAUAUACAGGCUGCUGUCAUAUAGCUGGAAUAUUGUUGAAAUAUAUUCUGAAAGUAGUGUUGUUUCCAUAUACCAAGGGAAACAAACACUUGAGAAUCUGACUGCCUCCAUGGUCUUGUGGUAGAGCUUCCAGCCAGACAGCAGAAAGUCGGGGGUUCAAUCCCCGGCUGCGUUAUACCAAAAGACACAAUGGGUAGCUAAAACAAGGACUGGCUGUGUCUGAGUGGGGUAUUCAUGUUAAACUGCGGCAUGGUAUCUCAGUGGGCUAGCACCAUCAAUCGGCAUUAUUCCGGACCAGUACAAGCAGACACACACACGUGCAUGCAUGUCACUGUGUAAGUGCACAAAUCUUGGACACGACGUUAAACUCUAUUUCACCUCACCUCACUUCAGAAUCUACUAGACACAUACAUUUUCUUCAGUAUUGUCAUGUUAAUUUCAGAAACCACACACUUGCAUGUAUUCUCACCACAUGUUUGUGUUGAUGGAGCAAGGAGAAAAAUGUGUUCAUUUAUACAUUUAUUUUAGUUGAUAAUACUUGGUAUCUAUUGCUUUUAUUGCACUACCGCUCUCAGUUAUCUAGAAAUCCAUUUAUGGUUUAUUUUUUUCUAAUGUGGGAACAUAAUCAUAUUUACUAUUUUUAAUUGAAUCAGCAAAACAGAGUAGGGAAUAGGGAAGGCCUGUUGACAGAGCCCUCUUAGGCUCUCGGUAAUAUUUCAUUAUUACAUUUACAAAGAGGUUUUCUGUAUUGCAGACUCUGACUGCUAGUUGUCCGUCUAGAAAUCCAUUUAUUGUUUAUUUAUUAUAAUAAUGUAGGAACACAAUCGUAUUUACUGUUUUGCAUUGCAUAAGCAUAGCAGACAAGCUCCUCACAGCGAUAGCCUGUUUGCGGAGCCCAGUGCAGUGUUGCAUUGUUACAAGCAAGCUAUGACUGUCACGUCCUGAUGCCAAAUCUCCCCACUUUAACUCCAACUAUUGUUAGAAUGCAAGUUGCAAUCUCAAACCAAUAAAACAAACAUAAAUUCAUCUUGGAAAUAGUGAAUUCUGAAAUAGUUUAUGACAGACUUACUAUGUCCACAGUCAAACACUAAAAUAUAUUUGAGUGAAGAAAUUCAAGAUGUCUGUAAUGGCUGCAUCCACACUGGUGACGUUGAUAUCACUGGGAGAGAAACGAAAUCACACACUGAUGGAGCUUGUGUAACAAGAGUACCAUGCAUAAAUGUAGAAAGAGAUACUCUAGAUGUAAUCAAAGAUGAAAAACUUGGUAAACCACCUUACAAAUUUCAAAACUGUUCUUAAUCAAAAAUAGAUUCUAUAUAACUAAUUACUGUUUGCUCAGAUUAACUCUUAGGCUGAAUGUGGUUGUAUGACAACACUAUUGUUUUGUAUCCUCAAAAUACAUAUAAUGGCAGAUGAAGUUUUUAGCUUUCGCUGGAGAAGAACUGACAGCUUCGGUGUUACUUUUGGUUGUGAUUGUCAGUGUGAACCAAUGUGAUUUGUACAUCUUGUACAUAGUAAUCAAAGAUUUUAUUUAUGGUUAUCAAAAUGUUGCAAUCAAAAGUCAAUAUCUUGUAAUUGCACAAUUUUAAUUUUGUUUUAAUUCCUGUAUUUGGGAUAGGAUUGACUAUGAUUGACCCCUAUUUUUUUCUUCCCCAAACGUGAGGUGUAAUUUGCCAUCUUCAACAACAUGACCAAGCAUUGUGGCCUAUUCCACUAGGACCAUCUGCACAUUUACUGUUUCUUAUCUCCGGUGGUCCUAAAUUUCUUUCCUGCACAGUGAAAAAACAUUCUCACAUCUACCCACUGGAAUACAUCAGUAUACAUUUAUAGAAGUUACUGUAAAUAUAUUUUAAUAUAUAAUUUAACUGUUUCAGAUAAAAAAAUAUUGCACUGUAUUGUAUAAAGAUGAUCUGAGAAAGUGACCCAUGCUUUGGUAUUUUUAAUUUUGUCUUAAGGUUUGAAUCAUUUUUGCACAGGAUAUUUAUUGAUUUAAGCAUGUGAAGCCUGGAGAUGAGAAACGCAACAUUAUAUGUGGCUUACGUGAUCUAAGUACCACGACUGCCAUAGUGCAGGUUGUCUUAUGUUCCACUGCUAACAUGGCGGUGGUGUUGAAGAGUCAAUACACAACAUUCCAAUCAGCAAUGUGUUUUUGUGAUUUAGUUAUAGUAUAGAAUAGAAUAUUUAUAUAUACACGUGUUUCUGUUAUGUAGUGAUGGUUGUUUAUCUUGGGUAGGGUUUAAUCUGUUGUCAAAUCCUUAUUUCGUUUGAAAUCCUGUGAUUGUUUUGUGAUACAUUGUACAUUACCAUCCAGUCAUGUUAUGUCAGUUUCUGCAUUACUCCUCAACCUAUUUCUCUCAUGUCAUAAUAAUAAUCAACAAAUAUUGUCUUAAUGUUGAAUCUCCCAGUAUUUUGCAAAGUAAUAAAGCUUUUUUAUUGUA